AUGGCGUGGCCGCUCUCAGGUUUCUCUCUAGUUAAACAUACUGUCAGUCACCGAUGAUCGGUCAUGUCGUAGUUCUUCAAUUGUCCAAGUCUAUCACGCUCGUUUGAUGUACACUUCGGUGAAUAUUUUUAAUAAUUUGUCAUCGGUUGCUUGCAAUUAUCGCAUCUUAUGCAAUGUAUUGUUUACAAAGCAUCACAUCUUACGUUGACCUUUUGCUCUCAACUGCACUUUCGUGCACUUUCCACGUCCAAAACGAUGCAAAAGGUCUGCAAAGUGUAGAUAGGUUCUGAGUGAAAAAGAGGAAGAGAGGGAAAGAGGAAGGGAGAAAGAAUAUAACGGAGCAAAUAUAGAAAGGAACAAAAGAAGCGUGAAAACUUGGUCUAAAAAUAACGAACUCUCUUUCACCUUACGUGAUAUCAUCAACAAACGCUCGUGAGGAUGACGCUCGGGUAAAAUCUAGGUUAUCGGAACUCUCGCGAAAGUGUAUGCACGACUUGGCGCGUUUCCGCCGUCCGGUCAUUUCGAUACACCGUGCAGUUCUGCACGAUGCAGGUGGUUAUGACAGAUCGACGUCCCGCAAAGUGCAAAAGGAGCAGAACGCGUAAUGACACAGAGAGUUCAACCAGUUUUUAGAUUCGAUUGAUUCGCCGUACAUACGCGAUAAUCAAGCAGGCCCGACGGCGCCGCGAAGGAAAUAUCGCGAGUCUCGAUUGGUUGUGUCGGGGAUCGAUAAAGUCAAGUCUAUCGUUGCGCGCAGGUUUGCGUCGCGUGCGACUUCGCUGCUACGUGCCUGACCGCCGUCGAAAUGUCAGCGACGAUGACAGCUAAACUUCAGGAUGACAUGAAUAGUAUACCACUGGCCGACGACGAUCCCCAAGUGAUAAUACCAGAAGAGGAAAUUUUGGAUAAUGCCUCACAUAUAUCAGAUGCAUUAGGCAGAGGACGUAGUAUGGAUUCUAUUCCAUCAACGUUUACUAAUGGAAGCUGUAGUCCAAACAGUCUAGAUCCAGACAUUAGUCCAGAUGAGCAAGAGGAAAAAGCUAGACUGAUUGCACAGGUCCUUGAGUUACAAAAUACUUUAGAUGACCUGUCACAGAGAGUGGACAGUGUAAAGGAGGAGAAUCUCAAACUAAGGAGCGAGAAUCAGGUUCUGAGCCAGUACAUUGAGAACUUAAUGUCAGCAUCCAGCGUGUUUCAGUCGACAAGUCCUAACACCAAGAAGAAGUGAAGUACUGAAACAAUUAAACAACUUAGAGAAAUUGUAAACAAGCUACAGUGAUCUUAAAAUAAUUGUGAUUGUUUCGACUAUUUUGGAAAGUGCGCGCGCAUUUGAUUACAAGAUCUUAGCGAAAGGCACCGCGGCAUUUUUAAAAAUAUCAUUCGAUAUGUUAUGCUUAAUUCGCUUUGGUUAGCUUGUACAUAAUUCUUAUGAGGGAGGAGAAAUGUCUCUCAUAAAACAAUUUACCUUUUCUCAAUCGAAUAAUCAAAAAAUAUGCUUUUUCUUAUAAUUAAGACUAUUUAUAAUGCAUUCACUGUGAUUGUGACUUGAAAACACGCUUGGAAUUCUUAUUAUUACGCAUUUCCAACGAGAUGGGUUUUAUAUUUUUACAGUUUUUACAAAAUAUGAAUACUUAGCAAAUUUUUAAAAAAAAAAACGUUAUAAUUAUUAUAUAUACAACGUAUGAAUCAGCUCGAUUAAUUUUUCUCAUCAGGAUUAAGCUGAUUCUUAUGAAACUAAUGCAUAAUAAUAUUGAUAAUGUAUUUGUUAUUGCUCUCUCUCCCGUCUGUGAAAAGUAAUGUAAUUUAUUCACUUCAAACAUUUUUUAUGUUAAGUAGUGUGUGAUGUCAAGUAAGAGAGGGAGUGUAACAGAAUUUCUUUAAGUAAUUUCAUAAUUCUUUAUUAUUUAUUUAACAUAUGUCGGUAACUUUAAUUACUUAAUUUGCAAUCGUAUAUGGAUGAAUCAUUUGAUUCAUCUGGAUCCAUUGAUUCUUUGCAUUUAUACGAAAAUCUAUAGAAAUCUGUCCGAAAUGCACACUUCAUGUUCACAUUGCAAUGCUAAAUAUUGAAACACUUGAAGUCAUAUUUCUCACACGUUGGAGAGAGUGUUCUCUUUUUUCAUAGAAAACUCUUGCUUGAAAAUUUCGACGUAUUUAUAUAUAUGUACGCAUUGUAUGUAGAUGUACAAAAGAGAUGAUGUAUAAUUAUAUACAAUUACAAUAUGCUAUAUAAUUAUAUAUAAUAAUAUAUUAUGACAAAUUGAUAUUCGCGUGUAUGCUACAAGCAAGAUGGCCAGUUUUCGCUGUUUACGACGGAACGAUUUUCAAGUUACAUAAAUUACGAGUUAUGCAAUCAUCUUGCUUGUCAGCGUAUUGAUUCGACGAUUGAUAUAUGUUAACAAAUAUAUAUUUACCGCAAAAUGAGAGAAACUGCGACUUGCGAUAGAGUUUCAGUUUGAGGGCACAAGCAGAAUGCACAAUCCCAAAUUAUCCCAUUGUUGAGUGACAACACAGUGUUAUAAUAAACAUUAUAUUCUAUUGGAA